CUUUAAUCAUCUGUGAUAAGCUAGUUUUGUCAGAUAGAUAUUUUAUGUGCAAACUCUUCUGAAUAAAUGUUACACACAAUAAUCGUGUGUUCAUCCCAUGGUAUGUAUGUAUAUGCGUAAGUAUGAAAAAUGUAUGCGCACAGCUCCAAUUCGCUAUAGUGAUGCCAGAAUGCCCACGCGGACACACGCAACCAUGAAUGGAGGGGGAAACGGACAUGAAUCGUUCAUAUGACUGUUACCCCUUCCACUCACGAUUGAAUGUUGCUAGCGUGGGUAUUCUGACAUCACUGGACUGAUCCUUAACCUCACCAUUUUCGCGAAUGCACGUUGCCAUAGUGUACAUUGUUGAAAAAGUGUGUCCAAAAUAAUUAACAUCUUGAUGUGGAUGAUCAAUUAAUUGGAUGCGGAUCACAUUUCAAAUCGGUGAUAUAUCAUUAAAAAAUCGAGAAAAUGUUUAAAAAAUUUGAUGAGAAGGACAGCAUUUCUGGUGUUCAGCAAUUAAAAUCGUCCGUGCAAAAAGGAAUUCGUUCAAAGCUCCUUGAGCUGUAUCCUUAUUUGGAUAGUCACAUAGAUGUUAUAAUACCAAAAAAAGACGCUUUCCGCAUCAUAAAAUGUCACGACCAUAUAGAGAUCAUAGUGAAUGCAGCGGGAGAGUUAUUAUUCUUUCGUCAACGUGAAGGCCCUUGGAUGCCUACUUUAAAAUUAUUACACAAAUAUCCAUUCUUCCUACCAAUGCAGCAAGUUGACAAAGGUGCCAUUAGAUUUGUUCUUAGCGGUGCCAACAUAAUGUGUCCAGGUUUAACAUCAAAGGGUGCAAAGAUGAUGACUGUGGAAAAAGGAACUGUUGUUGCUGUUAUGGCAGAAGGCAAGCAACAUGCGUUAGCUGUUGGAAUUACAACAUUAUCGACGGAAGACAUUGCUAAAGUAAAUAAGGGAAUAGGCAUCGAAAACUGUCAUUAUUUAAAUGAUGGACUUUGGCAAAUGAAACCAGUGAAAUAAGACUGAUUAUAUUAUGAAUCGAAGAUAUAAUCAAAGAGCAUUUUGUGUGCAUACAAUGUUCUCUUAUCCAUUUUACCUCGCAAUACAAUCAUUUUAUGUAAAACGGUACAACUUCGUAUCCAUAAUGUGUUGCAAGUCAUAUAGAUAAGGAUUAUCGCUACAUUUUUAUGAUAAAUGGAAAGAUUAAAAGAUUGAAAGUUUGUUUGUAAUGCAACAUAAGAAUAUAGAGGGGAAUAGUCAAAUACAUGUUGAUAAAAAUUCGGAA